AUGCCAAGGACUAAUUACAAUAACACUGCCGGCCUGAAGUAUCAUACAACACAGGAAAUAUUAUUAUAUGGCACUCUGAGCAUGGGGCCGAUCUGCAUUUGCCUCUACAUCAACAGUGUCCUGCUGUUCACCUUGAGGAGUAAGUCGGUAUUUCGUGAAACCUUUCGCUACAUCCUGCUGUAUAAUCUUCUUUUUGCAGACACUGUUUACCUGGUAUCGAGCUCGCUGCUUUUACUGUUGGCUUCUUUUCAGAUAAAACUGACGUUUUACAUGUGCAGUGUUGUAAUAAUACCCCCACUGCUCGUGUACUCAGUCUCUCCUCUAACCUUAACGGUGAUGUCACUGGAGAGAUUCGUGGCCAUAUGCUAUCCACUGAGACACGCUGUCAUCAUCACCAUCAGAAACACAGGUGUGGCAAUCACUCUGGUGUGGCUCAGCAGUUCCCUCCGCAUCAUCAUUCGUGUUUUAAUGCUAUUAUGUUCAAACACUGAGUUCUCAUUUGACCUGCAGAUGAACGACUUCUGCUCCGAAGAGACCUUGUUUCUUGUACCAAUGUAUUAUUAUUUUGUCACAGCAUAUUCUGGCAUUGUCUUCCUGUCUGCAGGUGUCACAAUCAUCUGUUCCUAUAUAGGUGUGACACUUGUUGCCAGGUCUGCUUCAACAAACAAAGCCUCAGCCAGAAAGGCCAGCCAAACCCUUUUACUCCACCUGUUUCAGCUGGGCCUGAUUCUCAUCGCCACUUUUCACACCAACAUCAUCACAGCCGCUGCUACAAUCAUGGAGAGAUCACAUUUUUUACACCUUCACAACCUUUCCUUUAUUUUCCUCACCAUCCUCCCCAGGUGUUUGAGUACUUUCAUCUAUGGCCUCAGAGACCAAACCAUCAGGCCACUCCUCAUACAGCAUCUAUGCUGUCAUCAAAAGCUAAAAGAAAGGUCCGUUAGCCUUUAUAGAUUAAUCACAUAUUUCGAGCUAAGCCCUGCCCAGAUAGAGAAGCUGACCGAGGAGACCCAAGUGCAGAGUGCAUCACAACUGUGGCAUGAUGCAAGGAAGCUUCGACUGACUGCCAGCACAGCAAAGAAAGUCCCCAAACGGAGCAGAACUAACCCACAAAAAUUCCUCAACGAACACUUACACCCCACCUUCACUGGCAACACAGCAACAAAUUAUGGCAAAGAGAAUGAGGAAAAAGCCAUUCAGCUCAUGGAAGGACAGGGGCACACUGUGGAGAGGAAAGGCCUGGUGGUGUGUCCUGACCAUCCCUGGUUUGGAGCCAGCCCAGAUGGAAUUUUGGACUCCACACAGCUCCUUGAGAUUAAGUGUCCACUGAAGUGUCCCAUUGCAGACUUUCUCAGUCGGCCAAAUGGUGAUAUCAGAUGCUCAAGUGAUGGGAACUAUGUCAUUUUCCCUAAUGGACCAAGUGGAUACUACCUCCAGAGCUGCAAGCUGGUCAUCUGGACACCAACUGAGCACCUGGAGCUGGACAUGCCAUUUGACAAAGACUAUGCAGAUGUACAUGUGAAACACCUGCAGGAUUUUUAUUUUUCACACAUGCUUCCAAGAUUAGUGGAUGACUUUGUUGAGAAGAAGAUGAAGCUCUGCCCCAAAUACCUGAGUCUUUUGAAAAUACAGUGA